GCCAUCACCACUACUCAUUCACGAGCUUCCAAGGCUCUCCAUUUUCCCCUCCACACGCCUACAAGUCUUCUUACCGCUUCUCCAGAAGGCGGUUGACCCUUCUGCCACCAUGUCUCUCCCUCGUUCGACUCGCGCCAUCGCCUGCGCUACAUCAACAACGCUCUCGAGAUUUGCCUCAAGGUCGCGCACUUGUCCACAGUGUUUGCGGAACUUCUCCUCUUCGACACCGUACCGGCAGUCGUCUAAGAGACAGAUGCAGACCGCGAGCGCGUACCACCCCUCUACACUGAAUCCAGAAAUACCACCCAGGAAUUUCCGAGUCGCCGACACAUCAAUAACCCACAAUGCCCCUGGCGUCGACCGCUCAAUACCUCCACAGCCAGCCCGCGAAGCGCAGGACAAAAUCGCGCAGCAGACCAGCCCGUCCUUCAGCGUCACCGAGGAGCAGGCCCAACAGAGCCAGCCCAUGCCGUCCUCCAAUCCAUCCAAACCUCUCAGACCCCGCCGGUACAACUUCGGACCCCGCAAGGCGACCAUCAAACUCACACCCUCCGCCGUGUCGCACCUGAAGGCGCUUCUGGAUCAGCCAGAACCGAAGUUCAUACGGAUAGGUACCAAGGCGAAAGGCUGCUCGGGCUUGGCGUACCAACUCGAGUAUGUGGACAAGCCAUCGCCGCUGGAUGAGCAAGUGGAGCAGGAUGGCGUGAAGGUCUUGAUAGACAACAAGGCGUUGCUGAACAUUAUUGGCAGCGAGAUGGAUUGGUUGGAGGACAAGCUCAAUCAGCGCUUUGUCUUCAGGAACCCGAAUAUCACUGAGCAGUGCGGCUGCGGCGAGUCGUUCAGCGUCGGAUAGAGGUUUAAUAUACCCCUCGUUAAUACCAGGCAUAGCAUUAUCGGCGUUAAAUCCAACAUGUGGUAGCAUUGGGUCUGUUUUUCCUUAGCCUUUGAUAUUUAGACGUUCAAACGAAGGAUUCUGCAUUUAUUGUUGUAAUUUGAAUGCGGAAGCAGGAAUAUAGUUCAUUUACUUUUGUG